CCUGUCCCUGAUUGGUUAGAUGAACCUACUGGGUCAGAGAGAAGGGGCAUUUAAACACCACCUAGUGCAGUCAGAUGUCUGAACUCACCUGUGCCAUGAAUUGGAGUCUAAAAUGUCAGGAUUUACUGAACCAACACUGCUGCCUAUGCCAGUGAAGGAGAUAAAAGAAGAGGAGUUUGAUGAUUUCCAUCAGGAACAUCUGUUUGCAGUUCAGAAAGAAGAAGAAAAGCCUGGACUGGAUCAUGACUUCAAGACUGAAACACACACAUCAGCAAUGUUUAACUGCAAAGAAGAAAAGUCUUCACUGAUGGACAUUAAACAGGAGGAAUCUGAUUCAAGAGAGCAUGGCCAGAAAGACUCUUCUCCUAUUGAAAUCAGCACAGACGAGAUGAGACAUACUGGGAAAAAGCCGUACCAGUGCACUGACUGUGGAAAGACCUUUAAUCAUAAAUAUCAUCUCAAGGCACACCAGAGGAUCCAUGCUGGGGAAAAGCCUUACCAGUGCACUGACUGUGGAAAGGCCUUUUAUCAUACAUCUCAUCUCAAGAUACACCAGAUGAUCCACACAGGAGAAAAGCCAUAUCAGUGCCGUGUGUGUGGGAAGAGUUUCAGGACUAAACCAGAGGUCACCAAACAUCAUCGCACACAUACAGGAGAGAAACCAUAUCUGUGCAGUACUUGUGGGAAGAGUUUCAGGACUAAGGCACAGGUCAACAACCAUCAGCGAACACAUACAGGAGAGAAACCAUAUCAGUGCACUACAUGUGGGAAGAGUUGCAGGGAGCGCGGUGCUCUUACCAUCCAUCAGCGUACACAUACAGGAGAAAAACCACACCAGUGUACUGCAUGUGGAAUGACUUACGGGACUAAGGCAGAGGUUACUGACCAUCAGCGCACACAUACAGGAGAAAAGCCAUAUCAGUGCAGUACAUGUGGGAAGAGUUUCAGUAGUAGCUCAAAUCUCAUUCAACAUUAUCGCAUACAUACUGGAGAGAAACCAUACCAGUGCACUGACUGUGGGAAGAGUUUCUGGACUAAAUCAGAGGUCACCGUCCAUCAGCGCACUCAUACAGGAGAAAAGCCAUAUCAGUGUACUGCAUGUGGGAGGAGUUUCAGUCGUAGCUCAAAUCUCCUUAAACAUCAGCUCACACAUACCGGAGAAAAACCACACCAUUGCACUGACUGUGGGAAGAGUUUCAGGACUAAAGCAGAGGUCACCAUCCAUCAGCGCACACAUACAGGAGAAAAGCCAUAUCAGUGCACUACUUGUGGGAAGAGUUUCGGGUGUAGCACACGUCUCAUUCAACAUAAUCGCACACAUACCGGAGAAAAACCAUAUCGGUGCACUGACUGUGGAAAGGCCUUUCGUCACAGAAAUGGUCUCAAGAUACACCAGAUGAUCCACACAGGAGAAAAGCCAUAUCAGUGCACUACAUGUGGGAAGGGUUUCAGGACAAAGACAGAGGUCACCAUCCAUCAGAGCACACAUACAGGAGAAAAGCCAUAUCAGUGCACCACAUGUGGGAAGAGUUUCAGGACUAAAGCAGACGUCACCAGACAUCAGCGCAUACAUACAGGAGAAAAGCCAUAUCAGUGCACCACAUGUGGGAAGAGUUUCAGCGCUAAAUACAUUCUCACUCGACACCAACGAUCACACAUGGGACUAAAGCCAUAUUUGUGUGUCAGUCACACCUAAAAUCUUAAGAGCCAUCAGGACUUGCAUACAGGUGUUGAACAUUAGAAAUGCUAAAUUGACCCAGUGAGUAUUUGCAUUAAAUCAGAGGUCAUGUACAGACACCUUUAUUCAGCUAAUGCAAGAUGAAGAACAAGUACCACAUCAUCCUGGACUAGAAGGAUGAAUUCCUUGUGUGGCACAGAUUCCUGUGGCUACAUUCAUGAUCUGUUUAAGAUGCAUUUUGUGUUUGCUGUAUCUUCUGAUAAGGCCUUUAUUGAUAUCUACAGUACACAUUCAUCUGAACAACUAACUGUCUUUUGCAUUGUUGUGUCCACCACCAAGGACAGUCCAAAGCAAGGGAAUCACAUUGCGAAUUAAUAACAAUAACAUUUGAAAAUGUUACCAGCGAGAGGGUUUUUAUUCAAAUGUGUGGUAAUUACAGGACACACUAUUAUUGUAAAUAAAUCACUUGUUUGACUA